GCUAGUCGACUGCUGUAAUGGGCCGAGAAGCAAUGGCUCUGUAGGGCUUCCGCUCAGGCGAGACGCCGCUGCCUCCGUUCCUUCGCCGUCGACGGCGACGCCCGUUCUUCGCCUCCGCGCCGACCGCAGCUGAAAAUGAAGAAGGCACUUCCCAUAAAAGGCGCGUUGGCAGGCUCGAGGCAUGGAACGAUUUCUCCAAAGGAGCUGGAAAAUGUCUUGAAGCAAUAUUUUGGUUAUUCGGGGUUUCGAGGAAGGCAACUAGAGGCGAUAGAAGCUGUUCUGUCAGGAAGGGAUUGCUUUUGUUUGAUGCCAACUGGAGGAGGCAAGUCAAUGUGCUACCAGAUCCCUGCUCUGGUGAAGGCAGGCAUUGUUCUUGUUAUCUCACCCUUGAUAGCACUGAUGGAGAAUCAGGUUACCAGCUUGAAAAGUAAAGGAGUUCCAGCUGAAUUUCUCUCAUCUACACAAACAGCCAAAAAUAAAAACGAGAUAUAUGAAGACCUUGAUUCUGGCAAUCCUUCUUUAAAAUUGCUGUAUGUUACUCCUGAGUUAGUCGCAACAUUUGGGUUCAAGGCAAAGCUAACUAAGCUUUACAGCAGAGGUCUUCUUGGCCUUGUUGCUAUCGAUGAGGCUCAUUGUAUUUCAACUUGGGGCCAUGAUUUCAGACCUAGCUAUCGCAAGAUUUCAUCAUUGAGGAAGCAGUUCCCAGAUAUCCCUAUAUUGGCUUUGACUGCAACUGCUGUCCCAAAAGUUCAGAAAGAUGUCAUAUCGUCAUUAUGCUUGCAAAACCCAGUAAUUCUUAGAGCAUCCUUUAAUCGACCUAAUAUAUUCUAUGAAGUUCGUUACAAGGAUCUUCUUGACGAUGUUUAUUCUGAUAUAUCAAAUUUAUUGAAGUCCAGCGGAAAUGUUUGCUCAAUUAUAUACUGUCUUGAACGUGCUGCUUGUGAUGAUCUAAAUAUGCAUCUGUCACAGCAGGGUAUCUCUUCUGCUGUUUAUCAUGCUGGCUUGAAUAGCAAAGUGCGAAGUGCUGUUCUUGAUGACUGGCUUUCAUCAAGAACUCAAGUUGUUGUUGCAACUGUAGCAUUUGGAAUGGGUAUUGAUAGACAAGAUGUCCGUAUUGUAUGCCACUUCAACUUGCCUAAGUCAAUGGAAUCCUUCUACCAAGAAUCAGGUCGAGCUGGUCGUGACCAGCAGCCUUCGAGGAGUGUUUUGUACUAUGGGUUAGAUGACCGGAGGAGAAUGGAAUUUAUUUUGAGAAACACCAACAGCAAAAAAUCGCAGCCAUCUUCCUCUUCAUCUGAGCUUUCAGAGAAGGCCCUAGCUGACUUUAGUCAGAUAGUUGAUUACUGUGAAAGUUCCAGCUGUCGUCGAAAAAAGAUCAUCGAGAGCUUUGGAGAGAAGGUACAACCAACUUUAUGCCAACGCUCAUGUGAUGCUUGCAAGCACCCAAAUCAAGUGUCCUCUCGUUUGGAGGAACUUCGUCGUGUGCCCAACUGUCGGUAUAACAAGAUCUCUCCAGUCUUCAAAAGCUCAUCAGUUAAUCCAGAAAACUUGGACACAGAAUUUUGGAAUCGUGAAGAUGAUGCAAGCAUAUCAGCCGAAGAUAUAUCAGAUUCUGAUGAUGAGGAGGCGGCGGCGGCGAGCAAUAUGGCCAUUUCAAAGUACACAUCAAAAGGAGGGUUAGAAGCAAAACUUGAUGCCUUGGAGCGUGCUGAAAAUUCUUAUUAUCAAGCCAAAGGCCAGACAAAACAGCAGGGCGGCAACCUUGUUGACAAGAAGAGCAUAUCUCAGACGCUAAGAGACGCGUGCAGGAAAAGAUUGUUGGGUGCCCUUGGACAAGCAAGGCUGCGACUUGGGAAUCUAACGUUUGACGCAGAGUCUUCUGCCGCACACCUUGAAACAGAGAGCUUCAAGAAGUAUGAGAAAGUGGGCAAGACAUUUUACAACUCUCAGAUAGCCGCCACGGUUAGGUGGCUGUCAUCUUCAAAUUCUGACCAAAUUCAUAAUCGCCUCUGCGCCCUUACCGACCAGAUUACAGAUAAUGGUGCAGCUACUAAUUCUGACCAAAUUCAUAAUUGCCUCUGCGACCUUACCGACCAGAUUACAGAUCAUGGUGCAGCUACUACCGUCUCAGAUGCCCUGGGUAGAAAUCCAGGAGAUGCUAGCGGCGACUGUGAAUUUGCAAAAACUGAGCCUUCUGAUGAGUUUGCGAAAACUGCCGCUUCCACUGAAAAUAUGGAACAUUCCAGGAUGCCUUCAGUCAUAAGGGAAGAAAAUAGAAGGGAUUGUGCAAUUGGUACCAUGGAGCUUCCCAAGAUACCAUCAUUCGGAGAAUUCAUAACCCAGAAAGGAAAGGAUCGUGCAAGCAGCUCUUCCAGAACAGAGAGCCAGCUUCGCGGGGUUUCUAGAAAGGCAAACCCUGUGAUAAGCAAGGAAGGAACGACAGGACCAUCCAAGAAAAUGAAAUCAUGAGCGAUCAAUUCUCUGUUGUACAUGCAACUUCCUGUUGAAUGAAUUUCACCAGAAUUUUGGUAAUACUUUAACUGAAUACUGCAGUUUUGCAUUUAGUGAAUCAUUUCUUCUCUUAAAAAGUAAAAUGGAAAAAAUGAUUGUUCAC